ACAUCCAAUGAGUUAGGACCUGAAAUCUGGGACCUAAUAAAUAGUCUCUUCUUCACAUCAGUGGUUUGGAUUGCCCCACUUGACAUUUCCACGUGGCGGAAAAUGAGGGGCUGAGGCAACUCAGCCAAGCUGCUUCCUUUUUGCCAAGAAAAUAUUUUGGUUAAUGUCCCAAGAAGAAAAGGAGGAUGGAAAUUUUGUUUUUCUUGUAGUAUCAUAUAUGCCAUGGAGCUUCGAUAUCGAGUUUCCUUAAAAUACUUCUACUCAAAGCAUGCAAGACCAUCUUCCUUUCCCCUUCAGAUUUGAAAGUAUGGAUGGAUAUUUAUUCUUUGGAUUGUUAUUCAGAAUAAUACAUUUGGAAUUUCAAAGCCAAUUGCAAGAUGGACAUCAUAUCUCAGCUCCAGGAUCAAGUCAAUACAGUUGCCUCUCUUGCCUUUAAUACCUUUGGGACACUGCAAAGAGAUGCCCCUCCAGUCCGUCUUUCACCAAAUUAUCCAGAACCACCUGCUGCCAAUCCCUCGGAGGACACUGUGAAUAUUGCAGAACAACCCAAGCUCAUGAGUGCUGCCCUAGUUAAGGCUGCUAAGCAGUUUGAUACAUUGGUUAAUGCGCUUCCAGUAGCAGAGGGAGAUGAAGAAGCACAACUGAAACGGAUUGCAGAACUUGAGGCUGAAAAUGAAGCAGUGGGACAGGAACUCCAAAGGCAACUAGAGGCAGCAGAGCAAGAGUUGAAGCAGGUUCAGGAGUUGUUCAAUCAAGCUGUUGACAAUUGCGUGAACUUGAAGAAACCUGAUUGAUGAAAGUUCAGGAGUUAUUUGACCUAACUGUAGAAACCGCUCGAACUUGAAUAGAGACCAUCAAUGAUCAGUGGACAAGAGGAAGUAUGAGUUAUGCCUUUCUUUUUUUAAAAUUUUGACCUAUUUUCUUUGUCCAAAGUGUAUGCCAUGGUUCAUAUUGUAAAAUUAAUGCUGGGAUA